AUUUUUGCGGGUCAACAUGAGCUCAAAAGACAUGAGUGCUUUCUCGGAUCAAGUACAGUACUUCAGCAGGGCGACAAAGGAUGCCAAUUGCCCCCACAAUAAGAAACACCGGGUGAAAUUGUUUUUUGGAGCCAAAACGUUAGAUAUCACCGGGGUUAUUUUCUUGCGUAGUGUACGGUAUAUUGCUUCAUUAGUCUAAGCGUUUUUUUUCUAAGUAAGCAAACAUACUGGAUAAAGUAUACAGUCGGCAAAGUUGGGGUUGGGGGUUAGGGUUAAAGUCUGCGUGCCCCCUGCCUGGUCUUUCCCGUAAUUAAGUUACUUUCUUUUGCGUAGGCAGUCCUAUCGCUUUGCACAUAUGUUGGUCGUUCCCCUACGGCUACUGCCCCGGGUCGUUGGUAGCAGGGAUCAACCGGCUUCUUUUUUUUUGUCGCCCCACCUUUGUCGCAUCUCCCGUUCCACCACCACCGCCGCGAAGGCUACCAAGAAGAGGAAGGCCGCCGAGGUCGAGGAGGAGGAAGAGGAAGAAGAGGAGGAAGAGGAGGAAGAGGAGGAGGAGGAGGAGGCGUCUGGUCCCACAACGGACGAACUUAGAGUCAAGGUGGAGGAGCUCAUCGCCAACUCCCAGGACGUGUCGAGCUUGACCUUCAAGAUGAUGAAGAGCCAGCUAGAGGAGCACUUCGGGAUACCCCUGGCGGACCGCAAGCCGGAGCUCAUCGACAUCUUGUCGGAGGCCAUGUAG